UGGUAUAGAGGAUGUGUGUACCUCAAUGAAUAAAACUAAGAGUCCAAAAAUAGACAGUUUUAUGGACUAUUAGUUUUCCACUAGGGUAUUAAGACCAUUUAAGAGCGCACUGAAGUUUAGCAAGAUUUAAAGUUUUGUACAUAGGACUAUCAAGAAAGUGAAGAAAGGGGCUGGAAAUUAACAAUGAAGUGCGUGUUCAGUAUUCAAGAGGACCUGAAAGAAAGCGGGGAGGGACGGGGGCGGCAUUAGUCACAAGAAUUCCAGGGAGCUAGUUAAAGAGCCACAGACCCCAGGAUUAGGGCUAUCAUGCUGUCCCAUUCCUGAAGCCUGUGUGAGGACCAUCACAAGAGGCGCCAAACACUAUGGGAAAUUAGAGUUGCUGUGGCAUGAAAGAGGAAGACACUCAAUGUCCUCCUUCAGUCUAAUGCCUGGACUCUUAACUCAGGUCUUCAAGCUUGCAGGACUGUUACCCAAUAAGCCAUCUUGCCAGAUUCAUUCUCUCAUUCUCUCCCUUGCUCCCCUCUCUUUUGGUUUUGUUUUUGGACAGCAUCUCACUACAUAGCCCAAGACAGCCUUAAACUUAGGGAUACUCUUGCCAAGCCUCCUAGUGAUGUAAUUACAGGCAUUUUUAUUUAUUUAUUUAUUUGUUUGUUUGUUUGUUUGUUUUUUACCGUGCCUGGCUUCUAGUAGUUUCCUAUAUGUAAACAGGUCCUAUGUUUGUCCCUUCUCAUGGCCCUGUUCAGUCUGGACCCUCCAGACCUUCCAGAUGCCCCUGGUUGAGCUCUCCCUCACAUCUACAACAAAACCUUCUCCUCAACCAUAACUAGGAGUGGCUGUGUCCUCAUUUUCAUUCAAUUUUCUUGGCUAUCCCAAAUUGCUUUUAAGUCAGGGUCUCUCUACAUAAUCCCAAUUAUCUUGGAACUCACUUUGUAGUCCAGGCUGGCCUUGAAUUCACAGAGAUUCAUCUGCCUCUGCCUUCCAAGUGCUGGGAUUAAAAGUGUGAGCCACCUCUGCCAAACUGUUCAAUGUUUUUUAACACCAUCACUAUAAGUAAAGCACAGAUUCUUUUCAAAGUUUAUGCUCAUAAAGUAUUUGAUAAACUUCUGUGUAAGUCAGUACUAUGCUCAUGCUAGGUUUUGGCAAAUCUUGUUUUAUAUUUAUUUCAGUUUUUUUCAAGACAGGGUUUUUCUGUGUAUCUCUGGCUGCCUCGAACUCACAGAGAUCUGCCUGUCUCUGCCUCCCAGAAUGCUGGGAUUAAAGGCACAUGCCACCACUGCCCAGCAUUUUAUAUUAUUUUAUGUGUAUGGAAUUUUGUUUUUGUUUUUUGAGACAGGGUUUCUCUGUAGCUUUUGGAGCCUGUCCUGGAACUAGUUCUGGUAGGCCAGGCUGGCCUUGAACUCACAGAGGUCUGCUUGCCUAUUUCUGGGAUUAAAGGUGUGCACCACUGCUGCCAGGCCUGUAUGGAUGUUUUUCUGCAUUUGUCUAUAUAUUUUUGCAUGCCUGGUAUGACAGAGGCCAGCAUAGGGUGUUGGAUUCCCAGGCCUAGAUACAAAGCACCUAUUGCUCUUUAACUCAUGAGCCAUUUCUCCAGGUAGCAAGCCCUUUCCCCCAAAACACACAUACACAUAAUUUAAAAAUAAUAAUAAAAUCUAAAUACCUCUGGUCUAUACUUACCAACUAUUUCAUGCUUAACAGCUAAGUUUACAGUAUCCGGUCUCCCUAUGACCCUAUGAGCAUGUUUUCAUAAAUGGGAAAGCUAUGUAAUUUUUCUUACUUCUUUUCCUUCUUUUUUCUUUUCAUUUUCCAAGACAGGGUUUCUCUGUGUAACUGCUGUGAUUAUCCUGGAACUAGCUCUGGAGACCAGGCUGGCUUUGAUUAAAGGCGUGAGCCACCACCGCCCAGCUCAAAGUUUGUGGGACAGGGUCUUGCACAACUUAGUCUAGUCUCAAACUCCCUAUGUUCAUACUCAAGGAUGACCUUGAAUUUGUGAUCCUCCUGCCUCCUCAUCCGGAGCUGGGAUUACAGGGUUGUACUCCCCUACCCAGUUUGUGCUGUUAGGGAUCAAACACACUAUCAACUGAGGUGUUUAAGAGGACAUGGCUCUGCACUUAUGAGAUCUGAGUGCAAAUCCUCAGCACACACAUUUUGCCAGGCUUGGCUAUGUGAGCCUUAUAAUCCAGCACUGGGGAGCAUGGAGAGGAGGGUCCCCGGGACUUGAGUGUUCUCAGGAGGGUCACUGGCCAGCCAGCCCAGCCUAAGUGUCCUCCUUCUGCUUCAGUAAGAAAUCCUGUGUCAAGGCAGUAAGACAGGAGACAUCCUGCGCUGGCUUCCUUAUCACACAGAGACACAUAUCACAUACCCCAUGUGGUACCACCCCCACAUACAUGCAAAUUCUUUUGGGAGGGGGCAUUUAUUUGUAUGAGUGUUUGGUCAGCAUGUGUGAUAUGGGCCAGGUUGGUGUCUGGAGGUUAGAAGAGGGUGCUGGAUCCCUGCAACUGGAUACAGUUGGUUUUGAGCUAAGUGAGGGGAACUGAACCUGGAUCUUCUGCAAGAACAGGUGCUUCUAAGCACUGAACCAUUUCUCAACCCUGACACAAUGUUGUUUAAAAAAAAAAAAACACCUCAGGAGAGUUGGAGAGACAGUUCAGAGGUCAGGAGUACUUGCUGCUCUUCCAGAGGACCUGAGUUCCCAGGACACACAUCAGUCACAUCCCAUGGCCCACAACUGCCUGGAACCCAUGUUCUAGAGGACCCGAAGCUUUCCUCUGAGUGCAGACACAGAUAGACACACAAAUAAAAAUAAACGUUUUUCUUUUAAAAAGACACCUCAGGCAGGAUUCAAUCACUUCUAAUUAGUUAAAAUCGUGUCAGCUUUCUACUAUGAUAAAGUCCAUAAAACUUAUUUAGCAGUGUUAUUUUCCCCUCCCUACAUUAUUGUGGCAAGAUCAAAACAGAGUCUCCCAUUUCUAUUCUGGGACUUGCCUGAGUCACAAGGUAGUCUUGGCAAAUCACUCUGCUCUCUCUCUCAAUUUACUGAGGCUGCUUGGGAACCUCAACUGCCAGCCAAACUAGGUCCAAAAGUCCCAAGUUACGUGGUGGAUGUGGUUUAAGGAUAGGAAUGCAUUACUGCAACUGGAUUUCCUACAGACCGUUGGGGGGGGGGCAUUUUACUUAAUUUUAGGGCUCGUAGAAAGGGCAGACUUUACAAUACAGCUAGCAAUCCCAGUGUUUGUAUAACAUGCAUUUUCAACUCAAGACACCCUCUCCGCAUUCCUACUACAUAUGGGUACCCCAAACCUCAAAUGUGAGUAAAGGAAUGUGACUGACCUGACCUUGGCAAAGUACAGUUUAAAUACAUACAUAUGGUUAGAGUUGUUUCCAAUAUUCUUACUUGUGCUGCCAAUGUGCUCUUAAAUGCCUCCUGCUUUUGUAAUCAGCAUCCUCUCUCACUACUGCUCUGGGCUUUAGCCCUAAUCCAGCCCACUCCGCGAUGCCUUCUGACACAAUGGCUCUGUACUCACAGACGGAAAAAAGAAGAAAAGCUCUGGGGAUGCAGUCGUGCAGGUCGCAAAUGGAUCUGCUGCUCUAAGCAAAGCCUGAACCUCUCGUCAUUCUUGACUUGGCUGAGUUCCUCUCUUGGCUCAGGGUUAGUGAUCUAGUAUGGUCUAGGAGGCUUAGGACCCAGGGGGCGCCUUUCAGCUGACAAACACCUCGGCUGCAGCAAGCUAGCUGGGAAGCUCCCAGUUCUAAAGAGAGGCUGUUUACCAGAAGAGCGAGCAUAACAAGGGCCGGUCUCACUGCAAGGCUGGGAACUAGGAGGCAAAACUGCUGUCAAGGAGACCCCAUUCGGACACUGGCUGUUCAGUCACCUGCAAGCCGGAAGAGGCAAGGAUGCUGUUGGCAGCGGUACAUAUAUUUCUUCUCAGCACCAUGCUUCUGGAAGGAGCCUAUGGAUCUGGAGGCGCACAGACCUCCUCCCCUCUCCAGCUUCCUCCCGUGGCUCUCCGCUGAGGGGAGUGGGAGCUGAAGAGAUGUGGCAGAUUCCCUCAGCUGAAGUCUCAAAUGAUUGGCUUCACUAAAUCAAAGGCUUUUGUGGAAUUCUCUUGGGAGCUGGUGGUGUCUGUUAAACUAGCAGAAGGUGGCCGUACCCGCGGAGAAGGGAACAUCAGUUUAUAUAACAUGGACUUCUCAACACUGGGAUGACUUCCAGGUCUGACUGCCCAGAAUCAAAAUCUCCACAGACCGACUUUAGCCAGCCCUCCGGCACCUCCACAGCGGCCCCAAAUCCAAGAGUAACAACACCUUGCACCUGGGUAGGCUUCAAAAAAAAAAAAAAAAAAAAAAAAAAGCUAAAUCUCUGAGUGUUGCCUGUGACCGGACGCCGCUAGGGGCAUGACAGGAGUUCCCACUUUCACUCUGAGGUACACAGGGCUUUCCACCCCACGAGGCCAGAGAGCCGCACUCAAGGUCCCGGGCGGGUUGCUCUUCCUCACAGGCUGCUUCUGGGACGGCGGCCACCUGUACCGAGAGGACCAACCGUCGCCCGCGCCGGGUCUCCGUUGCCUCAACUGGCUGGCCGCGGAAGGCGGCCGCGGGUCACCCCCCGAGCCCAGCCCCGGCAACCACAACUACUGCCGGAACCCGGACCAGGACCCGCGCGGGCCCUGGUGCUACAUCAGCAGCGACACCGGCGUCCCUGAGAAGCGGCUUUGCGAAGACGUGCGCUGUCCAGCUCCAGAGACGGCUUCCCAAGCACCACCAGCUGCUACAACCGAGCUGGAAGAGAAGUCUGAGGCUCCAGGUGACAAAGAGGCACAGGUGUUUCCUCCUGCUAAUGUCCUGCCAGCCAGGAGCGAGGCAGCAGAGGUGCAGUCAGUGAUUGGCAUCAGUCAGCGCGUGAGGAUGAAUUCCAAGGAGAAGAAGGAUCUGGGAACUCUGGGCUACGUGCUGGGCAUUACUAUGAUGGUGAUCAUCAUUGCCAUCGGAGUUGGCAUCAUCCUGGGCUACACUUACAAGAGGGGGAAGGACCUGAAAGAGCAACAUGAGCAGAAAUCAUGUGAGCGGGAGAUGCAGCGAAUCACCCUGCCCCUGUCUGCCUUCACUAACCCUACCUGUGAGAUCAUGGAUGAGAAGACCAUUGUCGUACACAGCAACCAGACUCCCGCUGACCCUCAGGAGGGCAGCACCCUCCUUGUGAGCCACGCUGGCACCCCUGGGGCCUGAGCCCCUUCAAUGGGCAGGAGCCCAUGAAGACACUGGUACAGGACAGGCCACACUCUUGCAGCUGGGAGGAGCUAUAUUUUGUGUUGUGGUUAAAACCCUAUCCCAUUUUUCUUUUGAGCGGGAGACAAGACUCCUCAUGACACAAGCAGAAGCAGGGAGCAUUAUGGGUGAGUGUGAGGAGGCUGGGUAGGGUCCCUCAGUGCUCCUUUGCUAUCCCUUGGAGUGGACUUGCCCCUGGAUAGCGACUGCCACAGUGGUGCUGUGGCAAAUAAGGGCUUCCACAUUGCCUGACCCAGGGAAAGACAGGGAGCUGGCGAGGCUCCUCUAUGCUGUACACCUAAGGUGGCCUCAGUCUCUGCCUUUCCAUUCGUCACCCAGGAACUUGAGUGGCGUAUACUGUUAUUCAUAGUUAAGGUCAAACAGGUCGUGCACGAGGCAGCAUUUAUAUAUAUAGUAUUUGGGAUGGAAGGUCCCUUCUGACUUCUGAGAACCAGAAGUGAAUUUGUACACGAGUCAGAACUUGGGCUGCAAAUGGGUUCUGGAUGAGGGCUGCUGGGCGUGCUCCAGCUUGCUGGUAGUGUUGUGCCUUGACAACUCUGGGCCAGGCCUGGGCCCAAGGGACUCUUCCUGCUCUGUAAGGAAAGAAAGGGAAGAAUUGCACUAAACAUUCCGCUGAGGAAGACACACAAGGGCCUGCUUCUGCCUCCAGCUUCAGACUUUGGUAUCCAGAUGGUCUCUCUCCAUUUUGUGCUGAUAAGAGAAUAACCAGUCCACCCAUGGGAAUUACACAUAUCAGCGUCUGUGAACCUAGAGUAGGCCCAGAGGCUAGGUAGCAAAGGCAUGGAGGGGCUUGCCUUCACAAUACAUCUUGGCUCACAGGCAGCCUGAUGGCCUCCAGGCCAGUGCCUUCCAUAGGGCUAGGAUUGCAACCUAUACAAAACAAUCACUGAAGCACUGGGAAGGACCUUAUGGGGUUCCAAGUUUCAGACACAGGGUCUCCAGAGAGGGAAAAGUGUCUGCAUCAAAGCAAAAUCUGGAUGGCCAGGGGUGCCCAGCUUCCUGGCCUGGGCAGUGUUCCCCAACCAGACGCCCUCUACCGCCCACCACAGAGAGGGGUGGGUGCGGCCCACUCCCUUCCCCGGGCCGCUCUCUGGAGCCAUCUGUUGAGGGGGCCUAGACCUCAGGGUUCCCAUGGUGGAACUGACUAUGGGAAAGAGAAGAGUACUACUUCCGACUUUUCUAUGAAAGUAUUUCUCUGUGUAUGUUUUAUAUACCUCAUUCUGACACCUGUGUAUGAACUGUGGGAAACUGCUCUGCAUUUGACUUAUAUAAACACAAAACACAA